CUUGAUGGUGGGCUUUUUACUCCGGUGUGAGGAGCUGGGCUACAGGCCGACAACGGCCCUAUUCAUGAAUUUGUACCAGAUCGGCCGAGGAAGCCAUAAGAACUGUGCGGCCUAUGCUACUCUUCAACAGCUGCCGAAGAAGAGGAGCUUCACGGAUUUGCCUACGUCCAUUCAUGGGUGGAAGAGCAAGUUCGUGUUUGUGUCCAUUGGUGAGAGUGGCACCGAGUUCCCCUCUCUCGGCCAUACCGGGAGGUUCAAUCUCCAUGACCCACCGAAGAGCUCUAUCUUGGAUGCUCAGGUGGCGACUUUCCUGGAAGGGGGGCCGAGGAGCGUGAAGGAUUACGUUACCGAAUACAAAAUGACCGCCCUCGGCUUCUUCAGAUACCAUCUGUAUGGCGAUAAGGAGGAUGACCUCCAACUCUGGCCGAGGAUGACCACCACAUUUGAAGAGGCCGACGGCCCGGAUUUGGGCAUUCCUGCUGAGGCCGAUGAUUUUGCUAUGGACCGUCGUUCCAUAAUGGCUAUGGAACCUGAAGCUGCCGAAGCUGAUGAAGGAACCAGAAGAGCAGGCAAAGCUUCCGUUGUCGGAGCGGGAGUCCCCAAUUGAAAGCUCCGGCCUUGGCGAGCCGGAUUACACCGAGUUUGAUUUUUUGGACGAUGCCACAAGUGCUGCAGCCACCGCCGGCCAGGAGGCUGAGGCCGAAGAGGGAGCAGACGAGGCCGAAGAGCCAGCCGCAGAUGGAGGUGCUCCAGAGGCUUGAUCGGCUACUCCUUUGUAGUUAGUUUUCAUUUUUGCCCAAAUGAUGUAACGGCCGAAGAGCC